CACACGGACUUGACUUGGAAGGCUCAGCUAUUCUUACACACGUGCGUCUAAAUAUGACUUAUAUGAAUAUUAAAUUGUAUAGUUUUAAGAUUUUUUGACGAAAAAAAAGGCGCAGAAAAGCGUCCUCCUUUCCAGCAGGCGGAGACAACCAACCGGCUUGAGUGAGAUCAAUGCGCUGCGAGGAAGGUCGAAAUCUGCAACAUUUUAAAAGUAACCUACAUCUUAAAAACAUUUAAAAACAUAGUUAUUUGAGGAUUUCGCGCGUCUAAAAGUCAAAUUCGCACAAUUUGGAUAAACCUGUAGAUAGCCAGAUAGUCAUUCUAGUAUAAAAAUGAAACUUAUCCACUAUUUUGGUGACAACAUUUUCAUUUUUUGUUGCUGAAGCUAACAGGCUAACACAGCUAGCAAGUGCACACUGCGUGAAUUUCUUAACCACGCGCUAAAAUAAUUAUUAAAAUAAAUAUAAAUAUUUUAAAAAAGUAACUUAGAAGUCGUUCGACGUUAUGGCACAUAAAUGUGUGGUUGGUGGCUGUCCAAACAGUUCGGACACUAUAAUUCAUUACAUUUUACCCGAAGAACCGAGAAGGCGCAGCUUGUGGCUGCAGUUUAUUGAACGCAGCAAAGGCAAUGGAGAACACAUCUCCGUUUCGAGUCGGGUUUGUGGCGACCAUUUCUCACAAGACAGCUUCACUCAGCUUGAUCUCGGUUUCACCACCCGCUUAAUAUUAAACGUCGACGCGGUUCCUACGAUUUAUCCCGUCGACCGUGUCUCAAAUGAUGAAGAUAAACAGGCAGCAGAGACUGGAAAUGAAGUGGAGGGGACCUGCAAUCUCACCAUCAGUAGCACAGUCUCUUUGGCCUGUGUCAAGGAAGAACCUUUUGAAUAUGAAGUGAGCCAGUUCACAAAGCCCAGAGAGGACAGUAAAUCAGCGUCAGCCAAGCAGGUCAAACAAGAGGAAAAUGAGUGCCUGCUUUCUGCUGAAAUGUGUGUGGAGGGACGUGAGAAACUCAGGAUCAUUCGGAGGGCUGAGAUCAAAAGUGAAAGAGGCCACAGUCACCUGGAAGAAGAAUCCCAAGAAGAUAAAGACAAACGUUUCAGCUGCUCGACCUGUGGACAGAAGUUCCGCAAUAAAGGUGUUCUGAUGCAGCAUGAAAGCAAUCACACAGAGGAGAGACGGGUCAGAACCUACCGGUGUCACCACUGCGGGAAGGGUUUUGCGCUCCGAGCAUUUCUAAAAGCUCAUGAGAAGCUCCACGAGGACGCAGAGUCCACUUUAACGCACGGGUGCACCCUCUGUCCCCGCCGUUUCCGCUACAAGGGCUCUCUGGAUGCUCAUAUGAGACACCACACAUCCCAGGUGACGUAUAAAUGCCCUGUCUGUGAGGAAGUUUAUGAGGUGAAAGGGGAGCUCUCUCAGCAUGUUAAAGCGACUCACACUGGAAGUAAGCUCGUGUGCAGUUAUUGUGACAAAAGUUUUGUACGAGUGGAUGCUUUUUUUAAACACAUCGAUAGACAUGUAGUGGUAACCCCAUAUUAUUGUAGCACUUGCAAAGUGUACCAGCUCACUGAGCGUGGCUACCUGUGCCAUAUGCGCAUUCAUGAGAAGAAGCGCCUUUUGAGGCUAAAUGCUCAGAAGGACCCUGAAGUGGACUCUGAAACACACUUGACUCCUGGAGCUGUGAGUGAGCCUGUGGAGGAACCAGUUAGGGUGCAGAUAGAGGCUGAAGAAAGCUUGGAGUUGGACCCAGAACUGAUGCUUGGUGCGGAGUCAGCAGUUGAGUUUGAGGAAACUGGAACAGAUAUUUUUCCUGAAUCAAACCUCUCGCUGCCCUCGCCACAGGAGCUGUCCUACACGGAUACCAGCGAGGACACUGAUGAUAUGGAUUGAGACAGCCAUCUGGUCUGAUCCGAGAGAGCAUUCGAUGCUGAUAUUAGUGGUUUCUAUUAACCACUAGAUCUUACUUUGAUCUAAACUACUUUAUUUGAGAAGUAGGAGUUUUCAUAUAGACAUGUAUAUUUUCUAUUUUUCUUAUUAAUGUAGAUUUUUGUUUCUCAUAAAAAUAAUGGUCCCAUUAUUUUGGACAUGCUUUGAGGAGCCUUGUACACAUACAGGUGUGUGCAAAACCUUGAAUAGCCCUGGUUAACCUACAUGUCUUGUUGAUUGUCUCAGUGAAAAUAGGUUAACACAUCCUCUACAGAGAACACACUUUAAUAUAUUGGUAAAAGACAUACAUUUGGAAACACUAUUAAAAAGUUAAUCUUUUUUUUAACCACAGACAGAUGUAUGAUCCAUCAUACUGAUAUUUUUACAGCUUACACACUUAAACAUCAUGGUUCUUCAAGGGUUCUUUAGUAAAAAUGUUUCUAUAUGGAACCAUGAAUACUUAAAGGACCCUUAGGGUUGUUUACAUGGUGAAAGGGUCCUUCAGAAUGAUGGAGAAUGUGUUGAAUAUGAUUCUAAAUAGUACCUUUUUGAAAAGGCUUCUAUA